ACUGAGCAACUAUACUCUUAUCUAUCAUUCGAUCCUCUUGUAAUCACCUUCGAGUGAGUGUAGUAAUGACGAGUUCUCGAGAGCGUUUGGUGAAGGCGGUGAAGCAGUUCGUGGAGGUUCGGUACAAGGUUUUCAGCAACCGUUAUGGCCAAAACAUCAUCGACAUCCUCGACUUCCCGAUUAAGGUUGUCUUGUCUCCUUUCACUCUCGCCUUCGACAUUGCCGGCUCUGCUCCUCGCGGCUUCGGCGUCCCCGAACUCAUCUCCAAGCUCUCCGCUACCUCCGUCUUCGCUAUAGCUGCUCUGGGAACUUAUGACAUUGCAUUUGAGCUGGGGAGGAAGGUGAUAUGUCAAAGGAAUUGUAACUCAUGUAAUGGAUGGCGGGCCUUACGCUGUACAAUGUGUCGAGGAAGCGGGAGGGUGCAUUAUCAAGUUAAGAAUUGCAACUUGAAGAGUGGAGAAAAAGCGACUGCUGAAUCUGUAGCAGAUGCCAUUGCCAACAACCGGGCUGAGUUGGUGCAUAUACCAUCGUCCUUGGAUUUUCAGAAACCAUUACCUUCAAAAGAGUGUCCAACUUGUGAUGGAACGGGUGUAAUGAGUUGUCAUGAAUGCAAACACAGAUUGCUACAUGUUAGGAUCUCAGCAGAUGAUAUUAUGGAGCCCCCAUGGCAAGCUUAUAAUGUCUUGAAAAAGAUUGAUUAUCCAUAUGAGCACAUAUUGCACAGCAUGAAAGAUCCCAGUAUUGCUGCAUUUUGGCUGAUUACAUUUCCUCAGAUUAUGGGUGGAUUUACCUAUGACGAUGAUGUGAAGCAGAAAAUAUGGUGGCAGUACAAGGAAAAUAUGCGGUAUGAUCAACUCCGAGAUGUGGUGGCCAAGAGAAAACCAGGGUGGGAGUAUCUGCAGGAUGCCUUGAUAUCUAUUGAUCCUGCCCGUGCAAGGGAUGAUCCUGUCAUAGUGAAAAAUGUCCCUUACUAUAAGGCUAAGAAGGCACUGGAGACAGAGGUUAUGAAGAUUGAUCCUCCACCAAGACCGCCAAAUUGGGGUGAGCUAGACCUUCCAUUGAAUGCAUCAUCUUGGAGUGAGGAGGAUCUCCAAGAUCCAGAUAAGUUCUAUGAAAUGACUGUUCUUCUUAAUGCCCAAAGAGAAAUCUCUGAUAAGAUCUUGGAUGCACAGUGGGAAACUAAAUGGCGUCAGGACAAGUUGAAUGAGAUGUUGGAGGCAAAAGUGAAGCCGUACAUCCAGGAUAUAGACAACGCAGUUCUUCCUGAGCCUAUUUUAUUAAAGCCACAAAAUCAGGAAAAGAGACAACGGCGGAGGUGGUUCUUCUUUUGACAACAUGGAUAAAGUUACUAUAUGCUUGAACAUGCUUGUUUGUAGUCCUAAUUUUUUGUUAUAAAUCUGUAACUAUUUAUUCACUGUUGGAUCCCCCCACAAGCACACAUGUUGUGCCUCUGUUGUGGCCAUCAUUUUUGUGGAGGAAACAAUUGUUUGUGACACAAAAAAUACAGCUUAUGAAAAGGAAAAUCUAGAGAAACAUAGUAGAACAAGCAACACAAGUCUUCUUCACACGGCCAAACCUUUGCUGAUGUUACAUUUGGUAUUAUGUCAAAUACAUUCCGAAGAUACCCUAUUUAGAUUAUUCCUUUUUAAUUCCGUGUUGCUGAAAUUCCCUGAAAAUCAAUCCGUAUGUGUUAACUACAAACUCCUAUUCUGAUCAAUGAACAAUCUUCAUUCUUCACUGUGAUGAAUAGGUGAACGUUAAAAUAAUCAAGUUGCUGGUUUGCUUUGA